ACAAGAAAGGAGGAUUUCAGGGAGGGUGAAGCCCUGAAGUCACAGCUCACUGUUUCAGCAUUCAGAGAGAAGACAGGAGAAGAUCCAUCUCACAGAGAAACACAAGGAUGAAACAAAAGGAUGUCAAACAAGAGGACAGAUGACUCUGCUCAAGGAGGCCAAAGAAAAUCUUCUAUCUGUGUUUCCAGGGGAGUCUUAUAUUGAGAACACAUGGUGGACAUAUGUACUGGACUAAGCCAGACUUAGGGACACUUGCAGCCAACUCACCUGUGUGUACUGGGAGAGGGAAGAGCUCCGAGGUUCCUGUCCAAGCGUACGUUCCCAGGUUCAGACAGGUGCGUGAGGUUUCCUGUGUGUCGGAGUAGAACAAGGUGGGCUGUGGUGGCUCAGGUCCAAACUGUGGCACAGUUUGCUGUGAGACAACAGCGGAAGGAGCGGAACACAGGGGACAAGAAAGACAGAGGACACAGAGACAGAUUGAGAGAGAUCGUGUCAGAAUUGAUGAUCAAAGGUCACAACAGCAGAGGAAAAUAAUUGGAGUUUUUGUUUGGUGUUGGGGACAAUGAAGGCACUACAGAAGAAUCAGGGACGCACUGACCAGAUGUUGGGAGCCAUGGCUGACAUGCUUACUUCUGUGGCCAUGCCUAAUCAACAGUGGGUCUCAGAGGGGAGUGAGGCGGACCUCCCAUCAAGCGAGGAUGAAAAGGGGCCUGUCCAGGGCCAGUGGGAGCCAGAGGGGCUGGAGUGGGAGCAGCAGGCCCCUACUACAGAAAACCCAGAGCAGAGAGAAAGAACAGACUCGUACUCGGCAGCAGGCAGUGACGGUAGCAUCUCCACCUCUGUGGCAUCACUGCCCCCACAGGCAUCAGGCAGCUCAGCUCCCAGCUCCCCGGGCUCCAGACGCUCUGUGAGCACCCUGAAGAAGUGGCUCACAAACCCUGUCCGCAAACUCAGUGCCGGGGCCACCGCCAAAGGAGAGCGUCAGGUCCGCAAACUUGAGGGAAAACCCCCACCUCUUCCAUGCCACAGUCACAGCCAGGAUCUGGGCAGCCCCCUGAGGCCUGACGAGACUCUCACCAUCCUGCCUGUCACCCACAGAGAACUGGAGUGGAAAGAUGGCCUAGCAAGCCCUGAAGACCUGUCACCGGCUACACUACCGUCCCCCAGCUACAUAACUGACUCACUGAUUGGCUGUACGUCAUUGCCAAACACCCAGGAUGCUCAGUCCACCGGGGUUUUGCCAGAUGACAGCGGCUCUGUGUUGAUGGACGACACCUCCAGCCAAUGGUCAGCUGCAGCUGACACUGAGGAGGAGAGGAGAAGUGCCUUGGAGAAAAGCUUGUAUGUACUGAAGGAGCUUAUUGAGACAGAGAAGCACUAUGUGGGAGACCUGGGGCUCAUAGUGGAGGGCUACAUGGCCACAAUGAGCUCCAAAGGUAUACCGGAAGACAUGAAGGGAAAAGACAAGAUUGUUUUUGGGAACAUUCACCAAAUAUUUGACUGGCAUAAAGACUACUUCCUGGGAGAGCUGGAGAAGUGUUUGGCAGAGCCAGAGAGGCUGGCUCAGCUCUUCAUUAAACAUGAGAGGCGUCUGCAUAUGUAUGUUGUAUACUGUCAGAACAAGCCCAAGUCGGAACACAUUGUCUCAGAGUACAUCGAAACUUACUUUGAGGAGUUGCGGCAGCAGCUGGGCCACAGGCUGCAGCUCAACGACCUGCUCAUCAAACCCGUCCAGAGGAUCAUGAAGUACCAGCUGCUGCUCAAGGACUUCCUGAAGUAUUACACCAAAGCUGGGAUGGACACUGAAGAGUUGGAGAAAGCAGUAGAAGUGAUGUGCUUUGUGCCAAAACGUUGCAAUGACAUGAUGAAUGUGGGCCGACUACAAGGCUUCGAGGGGAAGAUCACAGCCCAGGGCAAACUGCUCCAGCAAGACACCUUCACUGUCACCGAGCAGGACAGUAGCUUCCUGUCCCGAGCCAAGGAAAGACGGGUCUUCCUUUUUGAGCAGCUGGUCAUCUUCAGUGAGCCAAUUGACAGAAAGAAAGGUUUCUCACUCCCUGGAUACAUCUUCAAGAACAGCAUCAAGGUGAGCUGCCUAGGGGUGGAGCCCAUAGUGGACGGCGAUGAUGAACGCUUUGCGCUGACUUCACGCAACCCGGAUGGGAGCGUGGUGCGCUUCCUGCUGCAGGCCUCUUCCCCUGAAAUCUGCAGGGCCUGGGUCAAUGAUGUAGUUCAGAUCUUGGAAACCCAGCGCAACUUCCUCAAUGCCUUACAGUCACCUAUUGAGUACCAGCGGCGAGAGAGCAAGUCAAAUAGCCUCGGCCGCUGCAUGAGGCCCCCUCUGUCUGCGGCCAGUGCCCUACGGCCCCAUUCCUCUGCCUCUAUUGAUCGUCAUAAGCUGCCCUCCCUUCACUCUCACAACACCUCCUUGCCCACACUCUACCUGCCUAGCCAAGGCCAGGGCCAAGGACCCAGCGAGACAUACUCCCUGCGGGACCCCGCUUUGGUCCAGCCGUACCCUGCUGACUCCCACACUCUUUCUCCGUCACACGUCCAACUGGGCUUGACUGAUCAGCCAAACUGUCAAGCUGUGUCAAAUGGGCUGUGCAUACCCACCACACAAAGUUCACAGCAGAGAGCAGGAGAGGGCUGCCGAAGGGGGCAGGCUGCCCUGGAUGCUGGGAGCCAGGGUCCACUGUCAGGUCCCUCAGCUGGACGACGCCCCAGCAACCUGGCUCAGCUAGCUGAGGAUGACCUAUGAACUCUCACACUGUCUGUCUCCUGGGUCAGGAAGACAGCAGCUAACACUACAGCUGUGGACACAAGAGGACUUGUCUAUUGUCUGUUUAAGCCAGGCUGGACUCUUACCUGGUUCACCAAUGAUUUCUGGAGUAUUUUGAAUGAACCUGAAGGAACAUAUGAAGGAGUUAUGAGCUGUAACUACAAAAUGACUUUUCUCCUGUUCUUAGAGAGCCAUUUAAAGGGAGGCGACUGGCCUUGGCCACCUUCAGUGUACGUGAACAGCACCCAGUGGGAUGUUACUUGGCUCAGAGUUUAAAAAAUACUAAGUGGACAGUCAGUGUUAUGACAAUUUCUGCUUUUUACCUUUUUGAGAGUUUGUAUACCAUACUCUGCUCUCUUUCAAAGGGCAAGGGGAAUUUGUUUGAUGAAGAAAUAUCCAUUCCUAAUUGGGGCGGUCACUGGAGUUACAUGUGUGCCUGAAUGUGUGAUUAUGCAAUGACGUGUGGAUGUGUUUGAGUGCAUGAGAGUGCGCAAGGAAUGCUAGUGGCUCUUCUUGUACUCUCUGGUAAAUUUUCGUGAUAAAGUUUUUUUUUCCUGAUGCCCCAUUGUCAAGACAAGUACAGCUCCAUAAAUAUAAUUUGUCAUUCCCCUGCUGACAACUGAUUUGCUGUUUAUGUUGACAAGAAUGGGAAAGGCAGAACACUUGAUGUGAACAUGCCACAAGGACUUUACUCACUUGAAUUUUAUCUGAAAGUGAAGAACUUUCUUUCUUGCCACAGUGCUGAGAGCCCCCUUGCUCUCUUAUUCCGUUUGACUGGCCCUCGUUUGAUCUGGACAAAAAAGGUGAGGGAGCCCCCUGGAGGUUCUCUGUGGGUAUGACGUCACUUCAGCAUACUUUUUGCUCUUUGGGCGACUCCAGAGCAGUUGCUAGAUGGGCGCAUUCAAAGGGACUGCUGACCCCAAGUGUUGCAAGCAACAGCUCCUUGGUGAUUGACUGGCACCGCGCUACUUUACGCAGAUCUUUCUUUCCAUGCCGGAGUAGAUUCGGGGACACAUCCUUAAAAAUGCAUUGGUUCAAACUAAUACUGAUUGUUUUAUUAGUCCACUGUCGUCAUGUCAAGGCUGUGCACCAUUUCUAUAAUCUCUGUUAGCUUUUUGCCCUCAUGGGUUAAAUACUGUGCAGGGCAUACCAUAAAGGCAAUCAUACAUUUCCAGUUGUAAGAUGAAGAAUGACCCAGGUAUGCCAAUAAAUGUUACCGUUCCAGUUGGUUGAAAUGAAGGAUACGAUGUUGCUGGAUAAACAGAGUGAUGCUGACAAAUCUGCAUGCACCCUCUUCCUCAGACAACAGUGCCAAAAACAAGUGUAGCUCACCAAUCAAUGUUUCAUGCUCUUAUUCCAUAGUUCAGUUUGCCACUAUUCUUACAAAACAAUCGUAGAUAUCCGUGUUACUAUCUGGAUUGUAAUACCUAAGGGACAAAAAGAGGAGAGCGGAGUAGAUGAAGGGGGCUAUCCUGUCAAUAUCAGGUCAGUUCUUAUUUGUGGCCAGUAGAGGUCCCCACAAGGCUUUCACUUCCAGUUUAUUAGGAUCAUACAGCUGCACCAAAGAUCAAUAGGCCUCAUGUGUCAGUGCUAACAGUGAAGCUGCUUAAUAAUCUGUCAGAAAAACAACAAUAAAUUACUCAGAGUAAACUGAAAGGUGAGACAUUAGGUGAGCUGGACCAUUUCGCAGAAUCUGCAUCUUAAGUCUGCAGUUAAUGUGAACCUGUGAGUUUUCACGGGAAUUACUGAUCAGGCAGGUUUGCAUGUCACACAGAGGGAUACCACUAAGGAGAACCAAAAGCAAGGACAUAAAACCAAGAUAGGGCUGGUUAAUGCCAUGUUUUACUGAGCAGAAACUGUUGUAU